AUGGCGGCCCCCAAUGACGACGGCAGCUUUGCUGUGGACGACUUUGUCCUUGUUGACAGCCCCGCCCCCGCAAUUCAGGGUGGUUACGUGAAUGUAAGUACUGAUAAUUCUGUCAUCACUGCAUAUCAUGACACCCUCUCUGUACCAAUGAUUGGCAAAUGGGAGCUCACCACUUUUCAGAUCUUCAACCGCGCCCCCAAGGUUGAGGUUGACAACAAGAAGGUCAAGAUUGAUAACAAGAAGGUCGAGAUUGACAACAAGAAGGUUGAGGAUGACAAGAAGAAGGCCGAGAUUGAAGCUUGGAACAAGAAGGUCAGGGCAAUGCUGCAGAGCAAGUAUCCCAAGCCCAUCCAGCAGGGCGAGCACGAGGAGGUCAUGAUGUUCAUCGACGGCUUCGACCCCAUGCCCGCGAGUGCUUUCCCCGAGUCCAUGAAGAAGGUGCUGCUCAAGGCAGCCGACCCCGCCAACCACCAGAAGGUUCGAGCAAUCUCCCACCUUGUGCUGAUCAAGAACGCAACUGUGCUGGUGGAGUGCUUCUGCCAUUUCAAGCACGUUGAGGCCACUGUUGGCCGCCAGAACCUCUUUGCUCUGGUCAGCAAGGCCUGUGGCGUGCUGGAGGGUGACGACUUUCCCGUGGUGCAGGAAUGUGUGCGCGAGAUCAUUCAAGCCCUGGCAGACGCACGUCAUGAGUCCUUGCACAUGGGCCAGGACCGUGCCACCUGGCAGCUGGCCUUGGCAGUGGAUAAGUACAAGAGCCUCAAGGCGUACGAGCUGCCCGAUGUGGAGGAGACCUGGUUUGACAACAAGAUGGUCAAGAAGCUGUGGAAUGAGUGGAUGACCAAGGUGGACACCAAGGCCAAGAACGUCAUGGACGGCAGCACCGAGACUGGAGUCGCCCUGAGCACCAAUACCACCGGAGACGAGAUCACAGACCUCCUGGCCGCAACUUCCCUUGCGACCAGGAGGGUCUACGCAACUCUCAAGUCCCUCCAGGCCCGCAGAGAGCACACCAAGCCGACUCCUCGGCAGGUGCUCCUGCUCAGGAAGAUACAGACGUACUCGGCCGCCCUGACGUCCGAGAUCGACGGGUCCUACUCUCAGGCUCCUACCACCACCACUGAGUCGGCCUGAUUCGGGACCUCGGUGAAGUCCCCGGCCCGACCUGGGAAGGAGGAAUGGGUAUUGAAAGGUUG